CUCUAUAUAAAUAACUGAUGCCUAAAUCACCGAACAAACUCUAUAUAAAUAACUGAUGCCUAAAUCACCAAACUCAAAAUUCAAAAUUUUUCUUUUGAAAACACACGCUCUCUCUCCCACGUCCAUGUAUGUAUGGAGUUGGUGAAUGGGAAAAUGCAGUUCUCUCUCCAACUAUUACGCCCACCUCCUCCAUGCCCUCCGUGCCAACCUCACCACCGCCCUCUCCAUCCACGCCCAAAUCAUAAAAACCAACACUCCCCUCACCCCCUUCCUAACCUCCAACCUCAUCAACCUCUACGCCACUUCCUCUCUCUUCAACCAAGCCCACCACCUACUUAACACCGCACCCUCUCUCAACCCCGCCUCUUGGUCCACACUAAUUGCGGCACAUGCGCGCAAUGCUCAGCCAUUCGAAGCCCUUCACCUCUUUCAACGCAUGCUACGCCACCAUCCUUCUCGCCCCUCGCAACAGUUGAUAGCAAGCCUCGCCCAUGCAUGUGCCUCUCAUUCCCUGCUUUUUCCUGGUUUUCAAAUCCAUGGGCUUUCGAUUAAAUUGGGGUUCCAUUGCAUGCCUUUCUCGGGGUGCGCUUUGGUGGAUAUGUACGCUAAAUGUGGGUGUGCUUUGGAAUCACACAAAGUGUUUGAUGAAAUGCCUGAGAGAGAUGAGGCUUCUUGGGGUGGCCUGAUUUGUGGAUAUGCUCGCAAUGGACGGCCUAUGGAGGCCAUGGGUGUGUUCGUGGAGAUGGUGAGGGUGGGAGUCUCGAUGAAUGCAUUUAGUCUGUCAUCGGUGUUGAGGGCAUGUGCAGAAGCUGCGUUGUAUGAGCCAGGUAGAGCCAUGCAUGCGUUAGCGGUGGCUAUCGGGCUCGAGCAAGAGGCCUUUGUGGGGUGCGCACUGGUCGACAUGUAUGGCAAAUGUGGUGACAUAGAUGAUGCUAGGCUUAUCUUCGACUUCAUUCCUAAUCCCAAUUUAGCGUCCUGGAAUGCAAUGAUCAUGGCAUAUGCUCACCAGGGGAGUGCAGAGCCAGUAUUUCGACUUUUUGGGAGGAUGAAGGAAUUGGGUUUGGCUUUGGACGAGGUCACCCUUCUUGGGGUGCUCAAAUCGUGCACCAAUGCUGGCCUUGCAGACGAGGGGUUGUGUGUUUUGGACGCUAUGCAACAUGGGUUGUAUGGUGUGAGGCCUGGCGUGUGCCACUACACGUGCGUGGUUGGAGCACUCGGUCAUGCGGGGCGGUUUGAGGAGGCAGAGGGCCUCAUAUUGAGCAUGCCAUGUGAACCUGACUCGACCGUAUGGCGUGUUCUUCUCUCAGCAUGCAUGGCCCACUCGAACAUGGAGUUGGGCCUGCAUGCUGGUGAGAAAGUUUUAUCUUUUGAUCACCACGAUGAUGCUUCAUAUGUGAUGCUAUCCAAUAUGUAUGCGUCGGCAGAGAACUGGGAUGAGGUUGCUAGAGUGAGAAAGAUGAUGCACAAAAGAGAAGUGAGAAAGGAGGCCGGGCUUAGUUGGAUUGAGGUUCGAAAUGAAGUCCAUUCUUUCACAGCGGGGGAUCGAUCACACCCAGAUACGGCAGAGAUUUAUUCAAAUCUCAAGUUUCUUCUGUAUAGGAUCAAGGAACUCGGGUACGAGCCUGAUACCGGGCUUGUUCUUCACAAUGUAGAGGUGGGGAGGAAGAAAGAGGCUUUGAGCUAUCAUAGUGAGAAGCUGGCUGUGGCCUUUGGGGUGAUUAGGGUGGCUCUAGGGAAGCCUUUGAGGGUUAUCAAGAACCUGCGCAUUUGUGGUGAUUGUCAUGUUGCCAUGAAGCUGAUGAGCAAGGUUGUAGGGAGAGAGAUUAUUGUUAGGGAUCCCCAUCGUUACCAUAGAUUUAAGGAUGGGCACUGCUCCUGUGGGGAUUACUGGUGAUCAAUAAAUUAUUGAAAAAUGGUUUGAUAAGCUGCAGGCCUAUCAAAAUAAGUAAAGCCUCACCUUGUCGCUCAUCAAAAAUUGGAAUUCAAGCAUGGGAAAAUCUUUACAUUGAUUAUCCAGGCUUGAACAUUAUGGUUGUGAAAAAAAAAAAAAGGAUUUCAAGCUCUGAAAAUACUGUCUUGUAAAAAAUUAUGUAGACCAUCCAUUUCGUCCAGAAAAUAAGUGUCCAUAGAUCCGCAAGAUAUAUACAUUUUUUGAAUUUGAAAUUUACUGUUGAUGUUGGAAAUUGAUUUUAGAGCGCUAUCAUAGAUAUUUCCAUUGCCAAAAGUGUUUUUCCGAUGAGGAUUUGAGGUGAGGCUUUAUUUUGUAUUCAUAAACCCUAGGCCUUGUAAAACUUCAUCCUAAAUUAUAAACAA